AUGCUCACACCCCCACAACCAAAUGCUAUGAUGUUAUCCGAAUUCACGAAAACAAUAGAUGUAUUACUAUCCAUGUCCACAACUUUAAUAGCUUCCUUAUGCUCCUUGCUCCUCAUACUUCUCUACUCACUCACCCAUUCAAAAUUCGGGCCAGCCCGAAGACAAGCAUAUCCCGUCCCAACUUCAUACCCGAUAAUCGGAUGCUUAAUCUCUUUCUCCAGAAACAGACGCCGCCUCCUCGACUGGUACACAGACAUGCUGUCUACGUCGCCUUCGCAGACAAUAAUCAUCUCCCGAUUCGGCGCGCACCGGACCAUCGUAACAGCCAACCCUGAAAACGUGAAAUACGUUCUGAAAAAGAAUUUCGCCAACUUUCCCAAAGGAAAGCCCUUCACCGAAAUUCUCGGGGAUUUUCUCGGGAAAGGGAUUUUCAAUGUGGACGGGGACACGUGGUUGGCCCAGCGCAAGCUAGUCGUGCACCACUUUAAUGCCAAGCCGUUGAAAGACUACACGGAGAGCAUACUAAAGGAGGAGGUGGAGAAGAAGCUGGUCCCGGUGCUGGAAUCAGCUGCGGAGGAGUGCAAAACCCUGGACUUGCAGGAUUUGCUGAGGAGGCUUGCGUUUGACUUGGUGUGCAAAGUUUCGCUCGGGUACGAUCCUUGUUGCUUGGAGUACAAGUCCUUGGAUAAGCCGCAUCCGAUAGUGGAAGCACUAGAUUUGGCCUCGGACAUGAGUGCGAGAAGGAACGCGGCACCGAUUUCAGCCAUGUGGAAGUGUAAGAGGUUUUUGGGUCUUGGAUCGGAGAAAAGGCUUAAGGAAGCCGUUGGCCGAAUUCAUUUGUUUAUAGAUGAGAUAAUUCAUGAGAGGAAAAUUAAGCAUCAAUCACGGGAUUUUGAAUCCGACCUUCUGUCGAAAAUGGUUUUGGACGGGGAAGAAGAUGGGAUUAUUAGGGAUACGAUGAUAAGCUUUAUCAUGGCGGGAAGGGAUACGACUUCAUCCGCCAUGACAUGGCUUUUCUAUUUACUUUCUUGCCAUCCAGAUGUGGAAAAUGAGGUUGUAAAAGAAUUAGGGCUUGUUGAGAAAGAUGGGGAUUAUUGUGAGAAUUUGUUGAAGUACGAAGAUUUGAAAGAGAUGAGGUGGUUAAAGGCAUGCAUCUGUGAGUCCAUGCGACUUUUUCCGCCAGUUGCAUGGGACUCCAAGCAUGCUAAUAUUGACGAUGUUUUGCCCGACGGGACUCGGGUUCGGGCUGGAGAUAGGGUUACUUAUUUUCAAUAUGGAAUGGGAAGGAUGAGAAGCUUGUGGGGGGAAGAUUGGAUGGAGUUCAAACCGGAUAGAUGGAUUUCAGACAAUGAACAUGGUAGAAUUAAGGCGUUAAAGAAUGUAAGCCCGUAUAAGUUUCCUGUUUUUCAGGCCGGCCCAAGAGCGUGCCCAGGGAAAGAGAUGGCUUUUGUGCAGAUGAAGUAUGUGGUGGCUUCAAUCUUGAACCGGUUCGUGAUUAGACCGGUGAGUCAAGAGAAACCGGUGUUUGUGCCCCUCCUAACGGCUCACAUGGCCAGAGGAUUUAAGGUGUUGGUUCAACGAAGAAAACAAUAA